AUGCUGUUCAUCAAAUCUCACUGGCACCUCGCAGUUGAGCAGCAGUUCACGUUCCGCGCGGUGUUCGUCGGGUGCGUGUUGAGGCUGGGCGUGGUCAUCUCGGAGAGCAAUGUGUAUCUGGGCCUCAAGACGGGCUGGACGUUCAGCGCGUCCAUGUUCGGCCUCUCUUCGCAAGAUGGUGGUGUCGCCGCAUCGCAAGGCGAACAAGGGUGCGAGCGACAGGCAAGUGACAGGCAGACACGAUAUGCGGGCGGUGGGCACAGUGCGCAGGGCAUGAGCGGGCGCGGCUAUCAGAGUCCAGUCAUGACCAAGUCAACGAAGGCUUCUGCAGCCACAGGCAGCUUGAAGAAAAGCACCAAGCCUGCGAAGGGUAAGUUGAACGAAGGAGCCACUAAGAAGAAGGCGCAGGAGAAGGAGAAGGAGAAGGAGAAGGAGAAGGAGAAGGAGAAGGAGAAGGAGAAGGAGAAGGAGAAGGAGAAGGAGAAACUAACAGCGAACAUACGCAAGAGAGCUUCUAAGUUGAUGGCGGAAGAGGAGUGCUCGGCGGACAAAGAACCAAAACCCAAGAAGAAGAAGAAGCAGCAAGUCGUUCAAGAUGACAAGCAGGACAUGGGCGUGCAUGAUAAGACAGCUGAAGACAACCCAGAGGACGUUGAGAUGGAGGAUGUUGCUGCUGAGCAGUCCAAACCGAAGCCAGCGUACGGCAAAUUUGCCAAGACCGGGACCGCAUUGGAGCCCGCCGAGCAGGACCUCGCACAAAUGUUGAGUGGAGGAAGACGUCAAAUUAAGCAGAAUGUUGUGAGUGGUAGCAAGGGAGGGGAGCUGAAGAAGAAGAUGACACAGCUCAAGUCUACCACUGGCGCGUCUGCCAGCGCCAGCGGCAACUCUAGACAGGGAGCUGGCAAACUGAAAGCUACGCCGGCAAGUGCCAAAGACAAGGGCAAGGCUAGAGCAAGUCGCAAGGAUGACACGCCAGUCGAGGAAGAGGUCGAGGAAGAGGCCGAGGAAGCGGUCGAGGAAGAGGUCGAGGAAGAGGCCAUCAAAGAGGCCAAGGGAGAGGACAGUGACUCCGAGGAUGAGGAAGACGAUGGGGCUGAGGGUGGGGGUGCACACAGUGGGUCUGAAGAUGCGGAGGAUGAAGAUGCGGAGGAUGAAGAUGUGGAUGCGGAAGUCGAGAACUCAGAUGAGGGUGAUGUAAUAGUCUUGUCUGAUACCAAGACCCGACGCAAGUGUGCUCCCGCCAAAGUGACUGGUGGUGAACGCGAGAGCAGCAGUCGUGUCAAGAACAGUCUGCGGCUGUACGUCGCCCUCAAAUCCGCCUGGACGAAAGAGAAUUCUGUCACGUCCAAGUGGCUCCAUCGCCGCGACAAAGUGAUCGAAGCGUGCCUCCACGAGGCAUAUUUGGGACGCGGCAAGAAUCGCAAAACAAACGCUACCUUGAAGAAGGUGUUUCAGUCGCUGCAGGUCCGAGAGAUAACAGCUACAGAAGAGAAGGAGGUUCAGGAGCAGAGGGAGGCUAACGAAGAGAGGGAAGAGAUGCAGGGGAAGGUAUACACGGUGGUCUGGACGUGCUCCUCGCAAACGAGGAACGAGCUCAAAAAGAAGGCCAAGCAAGUGAUCAAGCAGGUCUUCAAGCUCGGCAGCCUCACCGUAGCCCAACGAUCGGAGGCCGCUGUCUGGCUUCUGGAGAUGCAUCCCACAGUGGUAAGCGACAGCACUCGCACUCGUAACAUUGUAAACUUUGUUUUCGGAGGCAUCAAAUUACACUUCAACCGCAAGAAGAAGAAUCUCAAUCGAGAGCACACCAAGGUCGAGCAGAUGGAGCUGUUCCGCAACGAAUGCAUCCCCGAACUCAUCUACCAGUACUAUGGCUUGGCCGGACGCGCAGACGCUAGUAUCAAUGCAGCGCUGGAGGAUUUCAGCCAGGUCCCGCUAAAUCUCAUCGCUGUCUGUUGCAAUGCAAUCGAAGCAGUGUUGAUGGAGGUGAUGUCGCAUCAGCCCAUUGCAUUCUCCAACAAGCACUUCGCCGCAAAGUGGGAUGGCAUUAUGGCCAUCCUAGAGACUCUGGAAGCCAAAGCUUCGGAGUACCUUGAGGAGACACAAGAGGUAAUUUGGGAGCACGUCAGCACUCGGCUCAACGCUGGCCCCAAUGUGUUUGAGGCGUCUGUGGACGACAAUGAGCAGUCGGGUGGGUUCAUCCCCCUGCUCCAGUUGCGCGUGUCCAAGCCUCGAAGCAGCAAGUCGAGCACAGCGAAGAAGGCGAGCAAAUCAAUGCCGCGAAAGACCGCAGGCAAGCCAUCCAGCUCUUCAAAGGCAAUACGUACCCCUCCUAGCCCAUCCAAGAGUGCAAAACAGCCGCCCAGCACGUCGAGGAAGCCAACGUCAACGACCAACAAUGCCAGUGACGACGGAGUAGCGGGUGCCACUGAUGGCGAAGGCGAUGGCGAUGGCGACGGCAAUGGCAAUGAAGCUGAGAUAGACGAGCUGCAGGAGCCUGGGGAAGAACCUGCUGUCGCUGCCAGUCCCUCGAACAAUGGAGAUGCCUGA